GAUACUUCUGCCACAGUGUACAUCUGACAGCCAAUCACAAUUGGCGCGAUCUUUGACGUCACACUGUUUAUUUAUGCAUGAUAAUGCAAAUACAAUGGACGAUACCGAGUCGCAUGCCGAGUGCCACUUCAACUGUGAAUGUGACAAUAGUUCAUUGUCUGACCCCAAUUAUGCUCAACUCAAGUUUCAGCGUCAAAAGAACCGCCUGUAUGUCAGCUGGUAUUCUCCACCGACUGGUAUCGACUGCAAGCUGGUUGGCCCAGAGACUCCAUGCUUCUGUACUCACAGAUAUAAGCAACACAAAACAGACUUUGAAACAAUCCCGGAGGCCUGCCCCAUCCUUCAGCCGUGCAAAGUCCAUGGCUGCUGCUGUAACUCGUACAGCUACGUCCCGCUGAAUGGCUCUCAACCAAUCAGGUGCGGCUGUAAACAUUACUCGGACGAACAUUCGGAGACGAAUCUCAUGAAGUGCAAGAAGUCUGGAUGCAAGUGCGCUGGGUUCAAGAGUUCCUACACCUGUGGCUGCGAUGAGCCGGCUCACAGACAUGAGAUGGUGGUGGAAACACGACAGGAGCGAGAGAAACGAGGCCGCCCGGUCGGGCAGGAGGGCGUCCCAUACCAGGCCAUGGGCGGUCUGUCGGGCUUCUCAUCUCUGGCUGAGGGCUACAUGAGGAUGGACCCGAGUGGUAAAGCCCUGCCAUCAAAGGCCUUCUUGAAUCAGCCAAUCACAAGCGAAGACCACCCGUUCCUCCGUGCUAACCUCGAGGAGGUCGACAUGGUCAAGCGGACCCAGGGCGUGAGGAUUUCUGACCGAGAGCAGCAGGAGCUCAAGUCCAAGAUGCGUCAACCCGGGGAGUCGGAGAUGGAUUUCUAUGAGAGGCGCUACCAGGAAAGGAAACAAGGUUUAUAGGAACCAUCCAGCCGUUCUCUUCAUUAUUUCUUCGUAUAUGUCACACGUAUUGGAUAAUAUUAUUCUUCUCGGCUCACUGGCAAAAAGAAAAAUACCGGUACCAUCUAAGUA